AGUCAGAUGCCUGGAGAGAAGCAGGUUUCUGCAGCAUCAGUAGUCACUGAGACUGCAGUUGAGCAUAGAAAUCCUUGGGAUUUAGCCAAAGAUAUUGAUAUUCCUUUACAAAAUAAAAUGAAUGACAAUGCAGGAGAGACUUGUUCCCCAUUUCAAAACACUAGCAAAUCCAGUGGCUCAGAACAAGAGGUCCCCACUACUGAGAUGUCUAAAGAAGAGGUUGCACAUCAUGAGACUAGUCAGCCAUACCCUGGCAUGAGCACUGAAUCUAUUUCAGAAAAAUGUAGCAAACAUUCGGAGACUGUCUCAGGGAAAGGGGAAAAGCCCUCCUUUAAAAGAAUAGGGCCAAAGAUGAAAUUGCCACAUUCCCUCUUUCAGAAGGCAAGCAUGGCUGAGGCUGAAUUAUCAGACUUUAUUGAAACGUCUGAAGAAUCUGAUGUUAAUGUUUUGACUCCUCAACCUUCAGGUCUACAGGUAAAAGAGGAUGAGACACCAAAAGGUGAGCCACAGGCAGCAUCUGUCUCAUUGAAAAGGAAAGUACCCACAUUUGGAAAAAUACGUGUCAAAUCAUCAAACCGUCUUGUAAGCUCAGAUGUUCAAGGGAUAAAUACAAGUCGUGUUACUAGUAAUUUGCAUAACCCCAAAAAUGCAAAAUUAAGUGCUGUAUUUAAUCCAGAAAUACAAAGGCAUCUUCCAAAGAGACCCGCCUUUUCCCCACCUGUACAUGAUAUCCAAAGCAUAGAAGAAAAGGAUAUAAAUAAAACCUGUACUGAACAUGGAGAAACGUUAUCAGAAUCUACAUGUACGAAUGAAGGAGGAAAUCAGCAGCUCAUAAAGAAACCUGUAUUAUGCGAAACAAGUCUGCAUGAGAAAAAUGUAAUUGCUAAAGAGGAUAACUUGAUAAACAAGGUUGAUGAUACCCAAACAGACAGAAGUACAGUAGUGACUGCAUCAGAAAAAGGAUACCACCAAGAAAGAAACAUUACAUACAGAAGUUCAAGCAUUUGAUAAAGAACUCAAGGAUGACUCAAACAAAGAUGCAUCAACAGCUUCCCAGGUCAUGGUUGCCAUCCAAGCACCUGCACUACGAAAGAAAGAUUCAGAAACAGAGAAAAAUACCAACCGAGAAAUUAAUGAUAUGAAUGAAAUGAUGAUGGAAGAGCCAGGUUGUAGUUUCACUGCUCCUCACACUAAGAAUGAGAAUAAAGCUUCUGGUGUCAAAGAGUCAGACAAGGAUAUAUGUCGAAGCAAAAUGACAGAGGAACAAUGGAACGAUUUGUUUAGUUCUGUGAUAAAUUUGAUAGAUCAGGAUACAUUAGACUCUGCAAUAAUAGUAAGUAGAUAAAAAAACAUCUGUAUCAG